AUGACGAUGAAAGGCCUGUCCACCAGCCGCAGCCACCACCACGGCGUGACCUGUGACCCCUCCUACGACUCCAUGACGCUGGGCCAUGGAGAUCGACGGGCCUACUUCCUCACCUCCCCGGAGCCUCACCCGUCCGAACACUCCUGCUUUCCCCAGCGGAACUCCUUUGGUCCAGAUUGCUCGCCCUACCCGGACCUGGCCAGCUGCACCUUCCCACGCAGACACUACAGCUCGCAUCAUGAGCUUAAAGACGAGUGCAACGCGAUGGUGCCUUAUACCGGUCCGUCAAAAGGGAACUCAGCCGGGGCCAACAGCAAUCGUUCGAACGCAAUGGAGCAGUUUGACCAUCAAGGACAGAUGCGGAGAGAGGGCUACCACACGCUGCAGUACAAGAGGACAGCCAUAGAGCACCAACGCAGCGAUAGCCCCGGUCGAAUCCGCCAUCUCGUGCACUCCGUCCAGAAGCUCUUUACAAAGUCACACUCUCUAGAAGGGCCAGGGUCCGGGCCGGGGGGCAACGGGAAGAUGAACGGCAGCAAAUCAAGCCCAGAUGACCCACCUUCAUCGUCGGGAACGCUCAAGCACAGCAAGCGGAGUAAAAGUAAAGACCGCUCCAAGUCAGAGCCCAAGAUGCGGUCGGCGAUAUCGGGCUACUGGAGUUCAGAUGACACCUUAGACCGGGAGAUGUGCCUCUACCACCAUCACCACGGGGGCAACAGUGGGGGUAUCCCUUCUGGGGUUAUGACCAUGGGAAGGCAUCCGGACAGGUCUCAAUCGCAAUACUUCAUGGAGUCCUACAACACCAUCAGCGCCCACUCUUUGAAGAACUCACGUAGCAACAACGAUGUCAAGUGUUCGACGUGCUCCGGGGGUGGCUCCGUUCUGCCCCUGGUCCCUGCGUUGGAAGGUCCGGUGCAGGUGAAGAAAAGUUCAUGGUCUUCCACUCUGACGGUGAGCAGGGCCAGGGAGGUCUACCAGAAGGCCUCGGUCAACCUAGAUAAGGCGCUAGUGAAAGCAGAGCAAGGGCGCACCUGCCAUUUUCUACAGGUGCCUCAAGACGACUGGGGUGGAUUCGCCCCUCUGGGAAAAGACGAUGAGAUCCCGUGUCGAAGGAUGCGAAGUGGGAGUUACAUUAAGGCCAUGGCAGAGGAGGACAGUGGCGACUCAGACGGCAGCCCCAAACCCUCUCCCAAGGUGCAGGCGCGGCGGGCCAGUUACCUGAAGGCCACACAGCCAUCGCUCACAGAGAUGACGACGCUCAAGAUCUCCACGGAGCACUCGCCUAAGCUGCAGAUCCGGAGCCACAGUUACCUGCGGGCGGUGAGUGAGGUUUCCAUCAAUAGGAGUCUGGACAGCUUGGACCCGGCAGGGCUGCUGGCCUCGCCCAAAUUCCGCUCCAGAAACGAGAGCUACAUGCGAGCCAUGAGCACCAUCAGCCAGGUGAGUGAGGUGGAGGUGAACGGUCAGAUCGAGGCCGUGUGCGAGUCCGUCUUCAGCGAGAUGGAGUCCCAGGCCGUGGACGCUCUGGACCUGCCUGUGCCCAGCUGUUUCCGGAUGCGCAGCCACAGUUACGUCCGUGCCAUAGAAAAGGGCUGCUCCCAGGACGACGAAGAGAGUGGAGUUCUGGUGGUGUCCAGCAGGAGGCCCAGCUCUCCUCCUCGCACCACCACCACUGUGAGGACCAUCCAGAGCAGCACAGAACAAACAAGACAGGAGCUGCUGGCUGAGUUCACCGACUGA